CUGUCCUGCUCCUGGCGCCCAUCCCCCGCCGUGCCCUCCUUGGCCAGCAGGUCCAGGCGCUGGUUGAUCUUGGCAAUGAUGGAGUCAGAGCUGGAUCCCAGCUCUGCUGAGCCUGAGGAUCCCAGGCCCAGGGAGGAUCCUGAUCCCAACCCUGAUCCUGCUCCAAAACUGGAUCCUGAUCCUGCUCCAAAACCGGAUCCUGAUCCUGCUCCAAAACCGGAUCCUGCUCCGAAAGUGGAUCCUGCUCCUGAUCCGAAGGUGGAUCCUGAUCCGAAGGCAGCUCCAGAUCCCGAUCCAAAGGUGGAUCCCGAGGAUCCCAAGCCCAAAGCAGAUCCAGAUGAUCCAAAGGCAGUUCCUGACCCCGAGCCAAAGGUGGAUCCCGACGAUCCAAAGCCGGAUCCCGACGAUCCGAAGGCAGCUCCAGAUCCCGAGCCCACGGAUCCGAAGGUUCCUGAUCCCACAGAUCCAAAGGCAGCUCCAGAUGUUGAUCCCACGGAUCCAAAGGCAGCUCCAGAUGUUGAUCCCACGGAUCCAAAGGCAGCUCCAGAUGUUGAUCCCACGGAUCCAAAGGCAGCUCCAGAUGUUGAUCCCACGGAUCCAAAGGCAGCUCCAGAUGUUGAUCCCACGGAUCCAAAGGCAGCUCCAGAUGUUGAUCCCACGGAUCCAAAGGCAGCUCCAGAUGUUGAUCCCACGGAUCCAAAGGCAGCUCCAGAUGUUGAUCCCACGGAUCCAAAGGCAGCUCCAGAUGUUGAUCCCACGGAUCCAAAGGCAGCUCCAGAUGUUGAUCCCACGGAUCCAAAGGCAGCUCCAGAUGUUGAUCCCACGGAUCCAAAGGCAGCUCCAGAUGUUGAUCCCACGGAUCCAAAGGCAGCUCCAGAGCCCGAGGUUCCCUCGCUGGAUCCCAGCCCCAGCUCUGCAGCCUUGUUAAUUAAUUAG